GGCCAUUCUUGAUUGAGUGCAUACUGUACAUAAAAUCAAAACGCAUUUUGGCAUUUGCAUUGUUAAAUGUAAAGAUAUUACCUAUGUAUGUUCUCAUUUGCCCUCUCCGCCCUGUGGAACGUUUCCGUGACUUGCAUCCUGAGGAAGUGGCUGAUUUAUUUCACACAACACAAGCAGUUGGCAAUAUAGUGGAGCAACAUUUUGGAGGAACUUCGCUCACCAUUUCGGUUCAGGAUGGUCCUGAAGCUGGUCAGACUGUGAAGUGGGGUGGAAGAAGAAAUGAGACAAUAUUUAAGGAGCUUCAGCGUCAUGACAAAGAGGCGGAAGAUUCCCCCAGCAAAUGGAGAUCUGAGGAAGAAAUGGCAACUGAAGCUGCAAUCCUCAAGAAAUAUUUUCAGUGAAAGAAGAGGAGCAACACAAUCUUUUCAAUUAGUUCUGAAGCAGAAGUACUGGAGAACAAGCCUCUUUUGUUACCGGCUAACCUAGAAUUGAAAUGAUGGAGGAUGACAACAUAUUCAGUAAAGAUACUGAAUAAAACAAAGAACGUUUUAUCAGAGUCUUACUUAGGUUAAAAUGCUUCUUAGAGCUUUGGUUUCAUUAAAGUUAUUUGAAUUUGGGGUGGUGGUGAAUAAAUAUUUCUGAGUUGCAACAUCUUAAAA